ACAUUUUUUUUCUGUAGUCGAGAUCGUGGGAAAGUGCUUGUCGAACGUUUCCCAUAUCUCGAUCAUCAUCAUCAUCGUGAAUUGCCUGCCGCGCGUAACGAUCGCGGUCGGUUCUUCUAUUUUUUUCUUUCUUUCUUUUUUCCCCUCUAUUUCUAAUACCAUUCAACAGAUUGCUUGUUUGUGUGUAAGUACGUUAUAACUAAAAAAAAAUAUAUAGCUGACCUCAGGCGGCAUUCACUAUUCACCAUAUAUACAAUAUAUUCUCACAUAGAAAACAAGGUUUAUAAGCGUGUGUUUCAUUCACUCGCGCGACUAUACAAGAGAGACUUUACACUUGGGUAAAGUUAUUUUUUUAUUUCAUUUUUUUCGAAAAUUUUUCGUUCCCACGCUCUGGACUGAUCGCGGCAAGCCAAACAAACAUCAUCAUCAUCAUCAUCGGCAUGCAGCCAUCCAUUCGACCAGUCGACAAUCCGAUAUGAUGAUGAUGAUCAUCAACAGGCUGAAUGAAUGAAUAUAUGAAGUGAACAGACUGCAAAUACCAGAACAUACAAAGCAUUUUACUUCGUAAAAAAAGGUUGGAUUUUAUGGUUCCAACACUAUUAAAAAAGCAGAAAAAACAGGCGGAGCAACAAGUGUGUAUGUCGUGUGUGAUGGUUGACGAUGAUUUUUCGGUUAUUUUUUCUGGUCUGUGGACUAUAAAUUCAGCAUCGAUUCACCAAUCUUGGUUUAAAUUGGAAAAUUGUAUUUUCUCUCACUGGUCUGGUUUAAAGAAGAAGCCAAUCGAAUCACUCAACUUAAGACUUUCGUUAAGACUUUGAAAAUUUUUUUUGAAUUUCAUCAUGACUGCCAAUCACGGUACAGUGGAAUCAUCCACAAAUGAAUUAUCCAUCAAUCGUAAUAAUAAACCAAUGACUAAAGCAUCUGAACAUCGACGUAUCACGAAACCAAUUAUGGAAAAGAAACGUCGUGCACGUAUUAAUAAUAGCCUGAAUGAAUUAAAAGCAUUAAUAUUGGAUGCAUUGAAUAAAGAUCCAUCCAGACAUUCAAAAUUGGAAAAAGCCGAUAUUCUUGAAAUGACCGUUAGGCAUUUACAAAAACUUCAACGCCAACAAAUAGCCGCAACAAUUGUCAAUGAUACAACAUUAUUGAAUAAAUAUCGUGCCGGUUAUUCUGAAUGCGCCAAUGAAGUUGGACGUUAUAUGAAUAAUAUCGAUUCUGGUAUUGUUGGUGGUGGUGGCGUUGUUGAUCAUCAAUCAUUACGACAACGUAUUCUUGGUCAUCUGAAUCAUUGUGUUAAUAGCUUAAAUCAAAUGGUUGCCGCCACUAAUAAUACGAAUAAUGUAACAAUACAAAAAGUUGCAUUUCCAGGCAUGAUUCCAUCAAAUGUAAAUAAUUUACAUGUUCAAAUACCGGUCAUGUUUGGUGGCCAUCCGCAACAACAACAAUUCGGUGGUACCGAUAUUAAUAAUAAUAAUCGUACAACAUUUAUGGAUGAAAUUUAUGUAAAACAUUCGGGCAUUUCAUCAACGACAACAUCAUCAUCGGCGACAACACCACCACCAUCAUCAGCAUCAUCAUCGUCAUCACAUUUUGCAUUUAAUUUACAUUCACCAACAUUAUCAACAACAUCGACAACAAAACCAAUUUCAUUAACGACAACAAAUGAUUUAUUUUAUCGUAAAAAUUUCCACCAUCAAAGACAACACCAUCAACAUCAUCAUCAACAAUCAUUAAGUCCCGGUUCAAUUUCAUAUACAAGUGAACAAAUGAUGAUGAGUCCAAUCGGUAGUGAUUAUUGUUUGGAUGACCAUCAAUUAGAUAUGGCCGUGGAUUGUACAAUUUCAAAAUCAUCACAAUCAUCAAAUGAUGAAAAUGUAUGGCGUCCAUGGUGAAUGAACAUGAAAACAAAACAAAAAAAAAAUGGACAACCUAAAUAUUUCAAUCUGGUCAAAUUUUAUCGAAAACGAAACCGAGGACUUUUUAUACAAGAUGCCUUAAUUUGUAAAUAACACAUGUUUUUCUAUUUGUAAAACUAAAUAAUUGUGAUCUCAAUCUCAUACACACUUCAUUUAUUAUUAUUAUUAUACAUUGUAAAAUGUCAAAAAAGAAAAAUCAUUUGGAUUUUUCGUUGGCAUUCGCAUAUUGUGCCUUUGUUUUUUCUUUUGAAAUGAAAGAAUUCUGAGAAAAAAAAAUAAUAAAAAUUAUUAUUUUCACGUAA